AUCCCACUCGCGCCACGAACUGCACGCCAUACACACACUGAACACUAAACCAGCGAACCGACGGACGUGUGCCGCGUAUAUACCUUGUUGUUCUGUUUUUGUUUAAAAAUACGAGGAACAACGGCGGGAAGAAGAAAAAAAAAAAAGAGAGUAAAAUAAUAGUAAUAAUAGAUAUUUUUUUGAAACUCCGACGGUGUGUGACGUUCGACGUGUUAAUCGCGGAACGGCAAAGUUUAUUCGUGUGUCGCGGUUUGUAUCUGGCUGAUUUGAGAAUUCCACUGCAAUCUCGACGACCCUUGAAACUCGGGACGUGUGACAUCGGGAAUAUCGUGCCAUUGACAAAAAUAUUACGAGAGUAUAUGUAGAUCGUAAAGACGUUUUUUGUUUUUUUUUACCCACGCACCGACUGACCAUGGUUAGAACGUGAACUUGUACCGCAAAUUCGUUGGUUCGAUUCGUUUCGGAGAUAUCGGGGCGGGAAGGAUAAGCGAAGAGAAGGAGGAUAAAUUUGUGCCAUAUUUGUAAUAUAUUAAUGCAAUCGUCGAAGGACGAGGUAGUGGGGAUUAAUCGGAUAUUAUAUAGUGCGUGAUAUGCAAGUUCCUCGGAACCGUUUAACUGGUCGGUUCGCGUUAGUCGUAUUCUACAUUAGCGAUAAGGAAAGUACAGAGUGUUUAAACGAUUGUACGGCAGGAAGGAAGGAAGAAUAGAAGAGAGAAUAGAAGAUAAGAAAACGCAGAAGCGCCGGUAUAAUAUUAUACAAAUCGGCGGUAAAUGUUUGUUUGUUAAUUGGUGGGUGAUAUGAUAGAGGAAUCCCGCGUCGAGGAGUGGUGUAUUAGUCAAUCGGGUCAGAUGACGGUCCAGGACUUCAAGUCACGCGGCACUACAGCCGUCGACGAACAGCUCACGAUCAGCAACGAUAUACUUUCCCCGAGCAAGGAUCACCUGGAAAACGAGAAGACGUCGUCGUCCCCUUACGGCGCAUCGAGCAACGGAUCCGUUCCCGCAUCCGCGGCUAACCAAGACAGCGAAAAUCUCCUUGGACGCGUUUUGGCCGAAUUCGACGGCACCACCGUUCUCUGUCGGGUUUGCGGCGACAAGGCUUCCGGGUUUCAUUAUGGGGUCCAUUCCUGCGAAGGAUGCAAGGGUUUCUUCAGGCGCAGCAUACAACAGAAAAUACAGUACAGGCCGUGCACGAAAAAUCAACAGUGCAGCAUACUUCGCAUCAACAGAAAUCGCUGCCAGUACUGCAGGCUGAAGAAGUGCAUCGCCGUUGGAAUGAGCCGAGAUGCGGUUCGAUUCGGGCGAGUACCUAAGCGCGAAAAGGCCAGGAUACUCGCCGCCAUGCAGCAGAGCUCGCACAGUCGUUCCCAGGAGAAGGCCGUCGCCGCCGAACUCGAGGACGACCAACGGCUACUCGCGACUGUCGUCAGGGCCCACCUCGACACCUGCGACUUCACCAGGGAAAAGGUCGCCCCCGUUUUGGCGAGGGCGAGGGAGACACCGAACUACACCGCCUGUCCGCCGACCCUGGCAUGCCCGUUGAACCCGAAUCCUCAGCCGUUGACGGGUCAGCAGGAGUUGCUGCAAGACUUCUCGAAGAGGUUCUCGCCGGUUAUCCGAGGCGUGGUAGAGUUCGCAAAGCGUAUACCAGGGUUCAGCCUUUUGGCUCAGGACGAUCAGGUAACGUUGCUGAAGGCCGGGGUGUUCGAAGUGCUGCUCGUGCGGCUCGCCUGCAUGUUCGACGCCCAAACGAACAGCAUGAUAUGCCUAAACGGUCAGGUGCUGAAACGCGAGUCGAUACACAACAGCAGUAACGCGCGAUUCCUGAUGGACUCGAUGUUCGAUUUUGCCGAGCGCGUGAACGCCCUGCGGUUGACCGACGCCGAGCUGGGACUUUUCUGCUCGGUCGUCGUCAUUGCCGCCGACAGGCCCGGCCUGAGAAACACCGACCUUAUCGAGCGUAUGCACAACAAAUUGCGCGGCGCGCUGCAGGCCGCGCUCGCCCAGAACCAUCCCCAGCAUCCCGACAUCCUGAGGGAACUGUUGAAGAAGAUACCCGAUCUUCGUACGCUGAACACCCUACACUCCGAAAAGCUUCUGGCGUUCAAAAUGACCGAACAGCAACAGCAGCUCCAGGCCCAGCAACAGCAGCAGCAGCAACAACAACAGCAACAGCAACAGCACUGGCCGAUGGACGAGGAGCCGACCGCCUCCUGGGGAUCGGGCUCCGACGUGACCCUCGACGAGGUCAAGAGUCCGCUGAGCAGCGUAUCCAGCACGGAGAGUACGUGCAGCGGCGAGGUCGCCUCGUUGACCGAGUACCAUCACUCCUCCGUCGCAUCGAGCGGUCUUCACGCCUCGAGCGCUCCGCUACUCGCGGCAACGCUCGCCGGAGGUCUCUGCCCUCACAGAAGAAGGGCGAACUCGGGAUCUACGAGCUCAGGGGACGACGAGCUGCACCGCGGAUCGUUGACGAAGACGUCCCAACCGCCGCAGUGUCCGCGAUUCAGGAAGCUCGACUCGCCGAGCGACAGCGGCAUCGAGUCGGGGACCGAGAAGGCCGACAAACCGGUAAGCACCAGCACGGCGAGCAGCGCUCCAACCUCGGUCUGCUCGAGUCCGAGGUCCGAGGAAAAGGAGUUCGAGGACAUGCCCGUGCUCAAGAGGGCCCUUCAGGCGCCUCCGUUGCGCGACACGAACGCCCUGAUCGACGAGGCCUACAAACCGCACAAGAAAUUCCGGGCCCUGAGACAGAAGGACAGCGCGGAGGCCGAGCCGGCCGUAGCGACGGCCCAGCAGUCCCAGCUCCACCUUCACCUGACCUCCUCCCCGGCCGCGACGACGACGACGCCCCACCACUCCACCUACACGUCGUCGUCGUCGUCGUCGUCUUCCGCGAUAUCGCAGUGCCCGCCGAAGGCCAGCCUACUCAGCAGCACCCAUUCCACGCUGGCCAAGAGCCUGAUGGAGGGACCCAGGAUGACCGCCGAACAGCUCAAGCGCACCGACAUCAUACACAAUUACAUAAUGCGCGGCGACGUCAGUCCGGGUUCUCCGAUACCUUCCCCAUCCCCGGCCGAACAGUGCGCCUCGACCACCACCGCAAGCUCGAGGUCAUCCUCCGGCGGGCUUCUACAGUGCGCGACUUCGUAUUCCGCCACCGGACGAUGGCCGGCGACCACUUCCGUCAUAACGACGACGACCGGGGCGCGGCACCGCCACCAUCACCAUCACCAUCACCACCCUUCUCAUCCUCACCCUCACCCUCACCACCACAGUCAGCAAAUCCAGCAGCACAUGCAGCAGCAGCACCAUCAGCAGCAGCAACAGGGAGAGUACUGCAACAACAGCGUUGUACACAUAGCCGGUAACGGUUCGGGAAGUGGAAACGGUAGUAAUUCCGCGGGAUCUUGUUCGCCGCAGCGUAGCGGUUCGGUUUACAACGCUGCCAGCAACGUAUGCGCGAACAACAACGUCAACAACUCUUGCACGAGUACGAGUCCAAGGCCGAGCUCGACGACGUCCGCUUCCAACGCGGCUGCCGCUGCGGCAACCCUGGUGUUAUCUGACUGUUCGAGCAACAUGAUGGAACUACAGGUGGACAUCGCCGAUAGUCAACAGCCGUUGAAUCUUUCGAAAAAAUCACCGUCACCCUCGCCAAGGCCAACGAUUGUCAACGGUACGUGCAGUAGUAAAGCGUUGUCGCUCGAGGCGUAAUUUACGGAUAUUGUCUAAAAUCUUGUAAUAACGAAGCGACAAAACCUCUCGUGCAUAUAUCAUUUAGGUUUUCGUAUUCGUUCAUCGUUUUUUUUUUUUUUUUUUUUUUUUUUUUUUUUUUUUUUUUUUUUUUUAUCUUUUUCCCUUUUUUUUUCUCCUGUCGAUACAUGUACACCCCGUUCUCUAAAAGUCACGCGAACCAUCUGAUCGAUUGAUUAUUACUUCGUUUUUAUCUUCCGUCGUCACGGGUUCCACAACGACGACAUGCUAUACCUUGCUAAUGAUUCGCAUUACGACAUGAUACUACUACUAGCAAUACCGGUAGUACUCGGAAAGUAUCUCUUUUUCAUGUACGAACAAGGGAUAGAGAGAAUGGGGAAAAUUGAUGGACACACAGAGAGAGAUAGGGAGGGAUAGAGAAAGAGAGAGAGAGAGAGAGAGGGAAAGCUCACCCGCCGAUUCUAUGUAAUUAUAUUAUAUACUAUACAUACGUUAUGUAGUAAACAAAGGAGGAAUAAAAAAUGAAAAAUCGCUGUGAAAGUGCCACCAGGACGCUAUCCGUAUAGCGCGUGACUAACCAAAUAAUUUAUAUUAUUUAAAAUCGAUGAUAAUAAUACAUUAUUAUUGUUACUGUUGUUGUUGUUGUUAUUAUUAUUUUUUUAAUAAUAUCGUCAUUAUUAUUAUUAUUAUUAUUAUUACCAUUAUUACCAUUAUUACCAUUACUAUUAUUCUUAUCGUAGAGGAAAGAAGAAGAAAAAAAAAACGAGAAUAAGAUGAAAUGACGUUUUCGCACGCAUACGCGGUAUAUUCAAUAGAUAUAUCAAUAUAUUCGUAUAUAUACUGUUCGCAUAUAUAUACACACAUAUAUAUAUAUAUAACUAUGCGUAAUUUUUCCGCGCGUACCUCUAUAUACGCAUAUGCGUGUACAUUGUAUAUGUAUACGUAUAUACAGAAUCGAUCAUUUGACAUCUCUAUACAUUUUUUUUCUUCCCCCUCUUUCUCUCUCUCACUCUUCUUCUUGUAAUUUUUUUUUUUCCUUAUUUAUGUAUUGUCACGUACAUACUUAGGGUGAGAAUACGAAUUCUGUUUUGGUGACGAUGGGAGAAAAUAAUCCGAGGAACAUAAUAUAACAUGUUUCGUUUAAACCGGAAGUGACGAGUAAAUGAUGAAGAAGAGUAUGAAUAUAAUAAAUGGAAAAAAUAAAAAAUAAUCUACAGUGCCGAAUUUUUUGUCGUACGUCAUUAUUCAAGACGUGUAAAAUUAAGCACAGACGACGUUCAUGUAAGUACGUCAAAUGACGAAAGGACACUCAACGUGCUGAUUCGCACUGUGCUUUUGAUGUAUCAAGUGUGUGAAGUAUGAAAAAUAAAAAAAUAAAAAUAAAAACUAUGCAAAUGGAAGGAUUAUUGAUUGGAUAUAGCAACAAUAUUUAAAGAAAUAAAAAUAUCUGUAACGGACUACAUACAUAUAUAUAUAUAUAUAUGCAUACAUAUAUACGUAUAUGUAUAUAUACUUGAUCUUGUUCGACGAAAGUUCUUCUACGGGAAAACUCACGUUCGUCCUACAGUCGUCGUUGUUGUGUGGUGGCGAAUCGGCGCACUUUUGAAACUCGUCAAGUGUUACAGAGAAAGUGAAUUUAAACUAUUGAACAAAUAUGAAUGAAAAUGAUAUGAAAUAAAAAUAAUCUAUUACAUGUGAUAAUCAUGGAAAACGCGCAUAUUUGUACAGCCUCCACAUCAUUCAUCGAUAUCAUCUUACUCUAUACAUAUAAAUAAAUGAAUACAAAUGAAAAUAAAUAUAUAUAUAUAUAUACAUAUAUGUAUAUAUAUAUAUUAUAAAUAUGCUACAAUAUUAAUUAAUUAAUUAUUAACUUUAGAGGAAGUAAUCAAUACUAUCGUUACUAUUAUUAUUAUUAUUAUUCGUAUUAUUAUUGUCGUCGGAUUGUAAACAAUAAUAACAACAACGCUAACAACAACAACAACAACAACAAAUCGCAACUGUUCAAGCAUACAGUCGAUUAUAUAUAUAUUAACUACAUAGUUGAGUAAUAUAGUGUUUAAUAUUGAUGAUAAUGUUUGUAAAAAUAACGACGGCAAUGAUGAUGUUGAUUAUAAUAAUGAUAAUGGUAAAAUAAAUGAAUAAUGAUUAUUAUGAUAAUGGUAGUUGUAAUCGUAAUUGAAAAGUAUCAUCCCGUAUGUUUAUGACUUGCGUGUGCGUGUGCGUGUGUGCGUGUGUAUGGGGAAAAAGUCGAAAGAUCGAUGAACAGCAGAAAGGGAGAAAAAGCUCAGACGUGCGCGGGGCAGGUUUUGAGAAAUCUAUACAUUCGUUACGUAUGUAAUGAUAAAGAUGAUGAUAAUGAUAAUGAUAAUGAUAAUAAAGUGAUGAUGAUAACAGACGUUAUACACGUGACUGAAGUGUUUGUAUAUUUUCGCGUCAACAUAUAAUCGAAACGCGAAUUACAAGAAAGCGAAACAGAAGUAAGAUAAAAAAUUACACACGGUAUACAAUUUAUAUGUAUAUAUAUAAGAGUGUGCGGAGUAGGACAAAUUCGGAGUAAAGCUUAGGGGUAAAAGGUAUAAUCGAUGAAUAGAAAAUACUAGUAAGUUUAGAAACAAGAUGGUAAAGGUAAAGAGAGAAAAAGGUAAGAAGAAAAAAGAAAAAGGUAACGGUGAAAGUUACGAGAGUGUGAUAAAUAACAAAGUUUCUAAGUAAAAUUUUGAUUGCCGAAAAAGAGGAAAGAGAAAAGAUGAUUGUAUACCUUGUUGACGAUUAAUGGGAGCGGUGGAAGUAGAUGUGGAGAGUUGAAGUCCCUUGAGAGUUUGUCACGAGAUUCUAACAAACUUACAACUUUGCAAUUGUCGUAACUUUUAUGCCACGUGUACGAGUUUCGUGUCCUGUGUCGAUUUAGAAAUUAAUUACCAGCGAAAAAAGAUGAAAGAAAUUAGGGCGACGAAACAGAAAUAGGAAGGAAAUUUAACGAAAAUAUUCAACGCGAUUAUUUACGUCAAGAAGCAGGUAUUUCAAUGAAAAAUUGACUUGGCGUGUGUCCGAAAUUUUUAAUAUAUUUAAAACAUAUGGUAUGUAACGCGAUGUAUUCUGUGAAAAAUUGACGAAGAAAAGAGAGGGUUUUUAAAAAAAAAAAGGAGGAAAACUUCCGAAGAAUCGACGCGAGAUCAAUGAAGAUAUUUUUUGAAAAACAAGUGAGAAAUUUUCGUGUAAUAUUGUAUUAUAGGUAGUAAUAUCGAAUAUAAUAUAUCCGGGAAAAGAGAGAAAAUAGAAUAGACUCGUAAUAAUAUUGAUAAUUACAUUAAGAGAUGAUUACAUACAUAUAUAUUAUAUAUAUAUAGUAAACGUGCGUACAGUAAAAAGAAAUCAAUGAUCGUUGUACAUAGUAGAUCGUUAAGGCCCUCAACCAACCCCCCUCUGUAGUUCUUGUAGAAAGAGUGAAGGAAGAAGUGCGGUGAAGAAAAGAGGUAAUAAUUUGAAAAAAAAAAAGAUUAUACUAAACGAUAGGGAAAACGUACAGCGUUUUUGAAAAUCGUUAACUAAUAGUUAACACGUGUCGUUGUUGAGACGCCCGUUCCCCUUUUCAUCCACCCAGCAUGCAUUGAAUAUCACGAAAAAAGGAAAAGAAGGGAAAAGUUAAUCUAUAGAAAAGCACCAAUAAUCAAGCAAAAACACAAUCAAUUUUAUCCAGCCUAGCGAAGAAUGAACUCUUCAAUAAAUUCACGAACCUAGCCCCCUCCCCUCCAUCGUCAUUCUUGUAAUCAAAUUAUGCACUAAUCAUUGUACACAUACUCACACACAUGAAUACAUAUAUAUAUAUAAUACAUGUACAUAGUAGAUUUUCAUUUAAAAAAAGUAAGAAAAAAGUUUAAAAAAGAAAAAAAAAGAAAGAAAGAAACAAAAAAAAAACAUAAAAACAACAAGAAUCGUCAUUAUUCCCGUGUCUUUUGGAACUCGUAUCAUUCAUGAUUCCAUAUUGAUGAUUAUAACUUAUAUGUCGCAUAUUGCGAUUGAAGAUGUUGGAUUACUCUUGUGUAUAAUUAUUGCGUGUAUUAUAGAUAGUAAAAGAUCUUACUGGAAUAAAAAAAAAAAUAAAUAAAAUAAAAUAAAAAAAAAAGUAAUCGUGAAAAUUGCAUCGGUAAUUGGUCGUUGUAGAGAUACACCAUCGUUUUAUCCAAAGGGGCACAAUUUCCACUCCCCCCCCCCCCCCCCCCCCUGUCAGUUCUGCAAAGUCUAUGUAUAGCGUUCUACAUAUAGUAUAAUAUGUAAUGCGCAUAUGUAAACUAUAUUAUACACAUAUUAAUGAUUAUUAUAUAAUAAUGAGUGGUGAUGAUGAUGAUGAUGAUGAUGAUGAUGAUGAUGAUGAUACGUGAACUAAUUAUGGAAUAUUAUACGUACAUUAUUUGUUUAUCCGUGCGGUGAUGAGAUGGAAAAACAGUGCAUAACGAAAUAGGAAGGGAAAGAUCAGUUGAACGUUUGUCUUAUUCGAUUUUUUUAUUAUUUCUGUUUCGAUUUCUUUUUCUAAGUAAUAUAAUUUAUUAAUUAUUCCUUCUUCUUCGUGAUAAUAUUAACGAAAGGAAAGAACAACCAGUAAGAUACCUGUUAUUGUUAUGUUGUUACUAUUAUUAUUAUUAUUAUUAUUAUUAUUAUUAUUAUUGUAAUAUAGAAAUGAAAUAUUGUCCCGCCCCCGCAUUUCCCCAGUGAGCAGCAGCACUUCAUAUUUUGUACGCUUGGGAGUUGUGAGGUCGUCUGAAUAAACAUUGUCUGGUGAAUUAUAAAUAUAA